CUGGUUGCCAGGAAGUGUUCGACUUCGGGCCAAGCACUGACUUGAGGGUGCAGAACAUCGCCAAACAAAAUAACCUAGGUUAACCUAGAUAGCUGACCAGAUAUAUUUGCCAGCAAUGAAGAACGGAUUUGAUCCUUUAUUUCAAACGAAUUCCCUUCGUUCACUUAAAAAUAACUUUGCGAUCCAUAUGUUGCAAACUAUUUAACUAAUUUUGUGUUGCAGUGGAUGUGGACCUAGCAAAGAGCACAGAAACACUGGAGCCACGUUUAGCUUUUAAGGCAACUAACAUUAGCCAGCUAGCAUAGCCACUUUGUCACCACCAGAAGGACCGAAUAGUAUCUGGCUUGUGUAUUGCUAUCAAAAGCAUAAAAACAUGGAAACCCAGUCUAGAAGUCAACCUUGGGGGAAGCUGAUCAAUUUAGACCGAAGUUGCGAGUCUGAAGUGUUACUUGUCAACCGAGAAUGCACCAUCGGGCGAAGAAAGGGCUGUGAUCUGUCCUUUCCUGCGAACAAACUGGUCUCCGGGGAUCACUGUAAAAUUGUGCAGGAUGAGCGGUCAGGGAAGGUUUGGCUUGAGGAUAUGAGUACAAACGGUACAGUGAUCAACAUGUCCAAGUUGGUGAAGAAACAAAUGCACCACCUACAGAAUGGUGAUGUUAUCUACUUUGUGUACCGGAAAAAUGAACCAGAGCAAAAUAUUGCAUAUAUUUUUCAGUCCAUGAGACCACCCCACCAAGCCCCUUCACAAAAUGACAGUGGAAGGUCAGCAGAGCCCAGACAGGAGAAGAGCGCAGAGAGCACACCAGAGCCCCCAACAGUAGCAGUGACUCCUCUGUCUCCUGCUCCGCAGCAGCCAGUCCAGGAGGAGCCCCAGCCCUCCACCUCCUCCUCCACCUCCCACCUGUACUGCCACUCCCCCUCCGUGCCCUCAGGACCCCAGGGUACAACAGGCACAGUGCAGAACCCUCACGGUAUAGGCGAUACUGCUCACUUAGAGGUUGGUGGUGCCGAGUCCUCCUCCCCCUCCUCCUCACAGACCCCCGCUGCAGGGCUGCUCUACGCCGCAGGCCCCCAUGCCAGGCCUCUCACCCUCAGGGAGAUGCUCAGGACCCAUGAAGCCAGCCCAGGCUCUGUGAGGGAAGGAGAGAGUGUCGAGCCGGAGAGAAAGAAGAGGAAAAUUGCCACUGAUGGUGGUGAUGAGUCGUCUUUGCCGCCCUCGGUCUGCAGUGAGUUGGCGGCCCUGCCGAAACAGCCUCUGGUGGAGCUGGCGGGGAAGGAGCGAGCCGAGGGGGCCAAAACAGACAAGAUGGAGGAGUCGCUCACGUGCAUCAUCUGCCAGGAUCUGCUGCACGACUGUGUGAGUCUCCAACCCUGUAUGCACACGUUCUGUGCUGCCUGCUACUCUGGCUGGAUGGAGCGCUCCUCCCUCUGUCCCACCUGCCGCUGCCCUGUGGAGAGGAUCCGCAAGAACCACAUCCUCAACAACCUGGUGGAGGCCUACCUGCAGCAGCACCCAGAGAAGUGUCGCAGUGAGGAGGACCUGCAGAGCAUGGACAUGCGCAAUAAGAUCACUCAGGACAUGCUGCAGCCAAAGAUCGAGCGCUCCUUCUCAGACGAGGAAGGCAGCUCCGACUACCUGUUUGAGCUCUCCGACAACGACAGCGACACCUCUGACAUGAGUCAACCGUUCCUGACGUGUCGGCAGUGUCCCGGCUACAGGAAGGACAUGAGCCAGGCCUCGUGGAUCGCCGGCCCGCCUCCAGAUGAAGGGCCAGGGAAGCCCCCAGGAGAGGGGCCCUCUACAUCUGCAGAGGCCUCCCCAGCCACCGCACUCCAAGAGUUCAAGUGUCCUCCCCAAGGCAGCCACGUCAUCUGCACAUGCUGCCUUCAGCCAAUGCCGGACCGCCGUGGCGAGCUCUCCGGCCAACAGGUCUCCUCCCAGCAGUGUAUGGUGUGUCAGCGUCCCUUCUGCCACAUGUACUGGGGCUGCCAGCGCAUCGGCUGUCACGGCUGCUUGGCGCGCUUCAGUGAGCUCAACCUCACAGACAAAUGCCUCGAUGGGGUGCUGAACAGCAACAAUUACGAGUCUGAAAUCUUGCAGAAUUAUCUGUCCUCAAGAGGUAUGUCGUGGAAGGAGAUGCUGCAGGAGGGGCUGCAGGCAGCACAGCGGGGGGUCUUCCAUCUGUCUGAUUUCCGCAUCAACACCAGUUCUGUUGUGUGCUACUGCUGUGGUCUGCGAGCCUUCAAGGAGCUGGCCUACAAAUUCAGGGAGAGCAUCCCUUCCUCUGAGCUUCCAGCUACGGUGACGUCCCGGCCAGACUGCUACUGGGGACGUAACUGCCGCACACAAGUCAAAGCACACCACGCCACGAAAUUCAAUCACAUAUGUGAACAGACACGUUUUAAGAACUGACUUGCUGCCUGUGAUGGUGUCCAUUCCACUGAAGAAAGAGAAAAAUGCCCUCGCUGCCAAGCAGCCCCAUAGACUGUAUGAAAAUGAACACGAUCCUGUGGACCUCAUGUCACCAAACCCGCAAACUACAGAUGGUGGACUUGUUCCCCGAGAAGAUAUGUUUUAUGGAUUUACUCAUGUACUCCACAGUACUUUACCGCAUUGCUUGCUUGUGAAUCACUGUACUUUUUUUUAGUUUUUGUCUUGUUGUAAGUAUAUCUUUUGGUCAUGUGUACUUUGGGGAAGCAGCAAUCAGACCAGAAGAAGCACUUUGGAAGGAGAGCAAUCAGAGAGCCUGUGAAAAUAGGCCAGCCACUAAUUUCAUUCCGUACUCGUUGCAAUGCUUAGUUUUUCUGUAUGUGACUCACAUUUUAAGGGACUAUAUCUUACAUUAGCGGAGAUAGCAAUCAAACCAAUCGUUGCGUGUGAAUGUGUGGUCUGUUAGUUGAAGGGACUUUGUUGAGAAUGAUCAGGGUCCGCCCUGCUUCUUUAGACAACUAUGCCAUUAGAUCAUCAGCACCGAAGGAGCUUCGUUGAACUAGAUCAAGGCAGUGUAAAGUCUCUUAGCCAGUGUGCCUAACCCUACACAGUUACAGAAAUGUAAAAAGAAAAGACGGUAGGCUGCAUGUGCCUAGUGGCCGGCUGUAGUGAUGCCAGAUAGUGAUCGGCGCUGGAACAGCUCCAAGCGUGGAUUCACCAGAUCAGGGGCAGAGCCAUGCCAGAAAUCAGAAGCUAGCUGAAAUUAUUUUUAUUAUAAUAUUAUUGUUAUUAUUAUCAUUAUUAUUAUUAUUUUUAUUAUAUUUUUUGGAAAGUGCUUCGAUACUUUUGUUAGCUUUUAGAUAUUCUUUGUCAAUUUUUUUUUUUUUGUCUUUGCUGUAGUGCAUGUAAUAUUUCUGGAAAAAGCCACCUGCUGGUGACUGUCUGUUAUGAGUGAUUCUAGUCACUUGGAAGACUAACGGCCAACUACACAGGUGUAUUGCCAACAGUCUCUCAUGCAUCUUUUGAAGAAAUCUAAAGUUAUUUGCGGUCAAGGUGGGCCACACACACCGAAAAAAAGAAACGCACUCGUAUUGCACCAAGUCAACACCGUUGCUGCUUCCAUUUAAUCUGCUUACUUUGGGAGGACAAUGCAAUUCUGUAUUUAUUUUGGUGUAGGAUAGUUUAGACAAACAAACAAAAAAUGAGUACAAAAAAAAAUCUUUUUGUAGAAAAUGCUACUUUUUAAUUUUUGUUUUUGUUUUUCGUGGAACAUAUAGAGGUGAAAAGCCAUGUGAAAGCUGUACAGCGCAGGGCUUAGUGGGAAUCCAUGUGAUGGUUGUAUAGGAUUACACCUCCUACUCUGUGAGGGGAUAAGAGUAAUGUGUUGAAACUGUGUAGUUUUAUCGAAGGCUGUGGGGCUCAGUUGUAUGCUUUGCUCGGGAUAAUCAACUCUAAGCUGAUUAAUGCAGUGCAUUACAGACGCUUACUCUGACCUGAUGGUAAUGGCCAGCGCUGGCUCUAGGUGGUGGAAAAAGGCAAAAUGGUCUUCCACAGGAAAGGGGAAGGAUUCCUCUCUUUUUUCUUUUUUUUGUAUUAGGCUCAUAGCGUUGUUUAAGCCCACACACAUAAGUCAACCCCACUCCGACACGGAGGGCUACCUAAUUAGGCGCCUAAUGGAGCGAAUAGGCGUGACUGCGGUCAAACGUGCUGUGGGGAAACUCCACUCGAGACAAUUCUGCCAAAUUCAAAUCUCCAAUGUGCCAGUGCGUAUGACCGCUAUUACGCCACACAGGUUUUUCUCGUGGCCGUGGAGGGUCCGGCGUUCGUGUGCCGAUCUCCGAAGUUAAGACACGUUUGUCGGUGCUCUUGAGUGGGAUUGAGGGAAUAGAGGAGUGACCUUUUUAUAACUCUGGAGUACAUAUUCUUCCCUUUUUAAUCAUUAACAAAUCAGUGGUGGCCUAGCCAGAAUGCCCCUGGUACUCCAGUAGAACGGCAUGAGCCUUAGUGUUGUUGUUGUUUUUUUAGUUUUAUUUUUAGAUAUUGGACUAGGUGGUUCAGUAUGCAAUUUAUUACACUGUCGUGUUACUUCUAUAUACAUUUCUUCCAGAUAUUGUUGUAAUGACUUUUGAUUUUGUAGAUAUAAAGUUAUUGUAGUAUUAUUUCCCAAUUGGGAAUGUAGGUAGUAUCCCCUCCCCCACCCCACCCCCACUAAAUACUAGUGUUUACAUAUUACAUUUGAUCAGUUGUGGGGUAGUCACUCUUCUCAAAGGUUUUGAAAGGGUGAAUGUUUGUUGUUUAGUAGUUUGGCAACAACUGAGUUUGGAACUAGUUUUGACCUCCCACUCCCCCCCCCCACUCAAUCAGUAUUGCACAACGGCUUAUUUUGACCCAGGGACACCCCCUCGAGUGCAAUACGUACAGUAAUGUGCAUCUUCCAGACUUGCCAAUCACUGCACAGCUAUCAGGUGUAUGUAUGAAUGAAUGUGUGUGUGGGUGUAUAUGUGUGUGGGGGUGUGCGGUGGAUGCAGAAGGUGUGGGUGUGCAGGGCCCUUGGCCCAGAACCUGCCUGCCCACAUCCUGAGGGGGGGGCGAGUGCAGUUGUGGGUUUCCAGGUUUGUAGGCUCACACUGGCAUUCCUCAGCAGCUCAGGGCCCUGAAAUGAGCCCCGGGCCAAUCCCCCGGCCAGAGCCACUGCGUUUUAAUUGUAUCCAAGCAGAGGACCUCUGCACCCUAAAGCCAACAAUAGUGCAAGCCGCUGAUCAGGAGUGGGCAUAAGGCUGCUUUCCCUUUUUUUUUUCUCAAAGGAAACCGUUGUACUCCAGGGCAAAUAUUUACUCACUUUUGUGAGAAGGUCUGGAAAGCGCCGUACAGUUCGGAGCACAUAAGAGGGGGGUAGUUGAAUUCUACCUCAUCAAGGCUUACUUAAAAGGAGAACAAUCCCGUCUGUACAUUGUGUUCAGUAGGCUUCUUUCUUUCUGUUUUUGAGUAGCCAAGGACCAUAGGGGGCAUUUAGAGUAGCACUGUUAAAGUUGAAUGCCUUUGACAGCUUUCAGUGCCUCCUGUGUAUUAGCAGUAAAAAAAAAGAAAAAAUAAAUAUGUUAUGUCAGGUAGAAUCACUCUAACAAGAAAGUUCUUCUCUGUUUGCUGCACUAAUAAACCUUUGCAUUGAUUUAAA